GCAGGCACAAAGGAAACCAAGGGCAAAUGCGUCAUUAAAUAAAACCCUAGUCUCUCCUGCUUGCUGCUAUCAUUUAUACUCCCGGCCCUUCGUCCUUCCCCACGAUCCGAGCAGGAGUCGGCGACCUUCUCAGGUCACCGUCUAGAUUGCAAUCAUGGCGGACGGUUCACGGCAGCCAUCCGUAGUUCAGAAGAUGGCUGGACAGUCAUAUUUUAUGUCCAAGCUUACCCCCAAUUUUCACUCCAGAAACUGUUGCUCAACUGGAAAUUACUUCAUGGGAGGUGAACAACCUUCUUUUCAGCUGGCAGGCAAUGUCAGUGGCAUGGCCAUUGUCCCACCUAUGUUGCCAGUUACUGCUCAUGCUCCAGCAGAGAAAGGGGCAUCUGCAUUUCUAGUGGAUUUCUUGAUGGGAGGAGUGUCUGCUGCUGUCUCUAAGACCGCUGCUGCUCCAAUUGAGCGAGUCAAAUUGCUUAUUCAAAAUCAGGAUGAAAUGAUCAAAAGUGGUCGAUUGUCUCAACCAUACAAGGGAAUAGGUGAUUGUUUUGCCCGAACAAUGAAGGAUGAAGGUGUCCUGGCUCUUUGGAGAGGAAACACUGCCAAUGUUAUCAGAUACUUCCCUACUCAGGCUCUGAACUUUGCUUUCAAGGAUUAUUUCAAGAGGCUUUUCAACUUUAAAAAAGACAGAGAUGGAUACUGGAAGUGGUUUGCUGGUAAUCUGGCCUCUGGUGGGGCUGCUGGUGCUUCCUCUCUCUUGUUUGUCUAUUCUCUGGACUAUGCUCGAACCCGAUUAGCAAAUGAUGCAAAAGCUGCGAAGAAGGGUGGUGAGAGGCAGUUCAAUGGCCUGAUCGAUGUUUACAAGAAAACCAUUAAGUCUGAUGGGAUUGCUGGUCUUUACCGUGGAUUCAACAUCUCCUGUGUUGGAAUCAUUGUGUAUCGUGGUCUUUACUUUGGAAUGUAUGAUUCUCUAAAGCCAGUCGUUUUGGUUGGUGGGUUGCAGGAGAGUUUCUUUGCUAGUUUCCUUCUGGGAUGGGGGAUUACAAUUGGUGCAGGUUUGGCUUCUUACCCAAUUGACACAGUACGUAGAAGGAUGAUGAUGACUUCUGGAGAAGCUGUGAAAUACAACAGCUCUCUGCAUGCCUUCCAGACUAUCAUCAAGAACGAGGGCACCAAGUCCCUCUUCAAAGGUGCUGGUGCAAACAUUUUGCGUGCUGUUGCAGGUGCUGGUGUCCUUGCUGGUUACGACAAGCUCCAACUCAUACUCUUCGGCAAGAAGUAUGGAUCUGGUGGGGGUUAAGACAGAAUGAUGACGACAAUUUCUCGUGACAGUUAUGUUGCUUUCUUUUUAAUUGGAUGUUUUCGGAUAUAUCAUAGUGUUUUUUGGGGUUUCUAAAAUUUAAUGCAUUUGAUAUCUUAGCUUUGCAAACUUCUGAUUUUGGUUUCUUCUGAGAGAUUCGAACUGUGUUUUCCAACCGUCCUAUUAUAAAAAAUUGAAUAAGUAAAAACUUAUAUAAUA